GCAGGAGCGGCCGCCGCCGCACACCGCUUCUCCGAGGGGGCUUCGUUGCCGCCGCCGGAACGGGCCGGGUUGAGCUGCAGCGACAACCGUGCGCUGGGCGGCGGCGAGCGGGAAACAAAGGGAGAUCGAGGCAGCGGUGGCGGCUCCGCCGGAGGGAGCCAGUGGCUAGGCGCGGGGGCUGUGGGAGGAGGAGGAGGAGGGUCGCCCAACUGCUGCCACUUCGUCGACCGUGAGCGGCAAGUCGCUGGCGGCGGCAGCCCGCCCCUCGCUGCAUGGCAGCCCAGUGAGGGAGGAGCGGGCGAGGGUCUGGCGCUGCCCGGAAGCCGAGGGAGCCAGCGCCGGCGGCAGCAGCGCCCGCCGCUCUCCCGCCGGGAUGCUCCCCGCUCUCCGCUGAGGCGCAGCCCCGCCGCGAUGCUCUCGCCCGAGCGCCACCACCACCACCGCCACCCGCCGCCGCCGCAGCCGCCGCCGCCGCCGCACCACCCGCCGCAGCCCAGCCAUGUCGUGGCCACCAUCGAGAACCUGCCGGCGGAGGGCGGCAGUGGCGGCGGCAGGAGCGGCAUCUCCGCUCCCUCCUCCAGCGUGCGCCAGAGGAUCAGGAAAGUGCUGAACAGGGAUCUCUUGCUGUCUGUGGCGCUUGGCCAGGUCCUCUCCCUCCUCAUCUGUGGCAUUGGUCUCACAAGCAAGUAUUUGUCAGAAGAUUUCCAUGCCAACACACCUGUUUUUCAGAGCUUCCUCAAUUAUAUCCUUCUGUUCUUGGUCUACACAACAACACUGGCUGUCAGACAAGGAGAAGAAAACUUGCUGGCAAUUUUGAAAAGGAGAUGGUGGAAGUACAUGAUCCUGGGGAUAAUAGAUAUAGAAGCCAAUUACUUGGUAGUCAAAGCUUAUCAGUACACCACUCUUACUAGUGUACAGCUCCUAGACUGCUUUGUCAUCCCAGUGGUGAUACUGCUCUCCUGGUUCUUCUUACUGGUACGAUACAAGGCAGUACAUUUCAUUGGGAUCGUGGUCUGUAUUCUGGGCAUGGGCUGCAUGGCAGGAGCGGAUGUCCUGGUUGGGAGACAGCAAGGAGCAGGUGAAAAUAAGCUGAUAGGGGAUCUCUUAGUACUGGGAGGAGCAACACUCUACGGCAUCUCAAAUGUUUGUGAGGAGUAUAUCGUCCGAAACCUGAGCCGAGUGGAAUUCCUGGGCAUGAUUGGACUCUUUGGCUCCUUCUUCAGUGGAAUUCAGCUUGCAAUCAUGGAACACAAAGAGCUGCUGAAGGUUCCCUGGGAUUGGCAAAUAGGCUUGCUGUAUGUUGGUUUUAGUGCCUGUAUGUUUGGCCUCUACAGCUUUAUGCCAGUGGUCAUAAAGAAAACCAGUGCUACUGCUGUCAACCUCUCCCUGCUCACAGCCGACUUGUACAGCCUCUUCUGUGGAUUAUUCCUCUUCCACUACAAGUUUUCAGGACUGUACCUGCUGUCGUUCUUCACUAUCCUUGUUGGGCUGGUGCUCUACUCCUCCACAUCCACCUAUGUAGCCCAGGAUCCUCGAGUGUACAAGCAGUUUCGAAACCCUUCAGGACCUGUUGUAGACCUGCCAGCCACUGGCCAGCUGGAGCCUUCAGUAACAUAUACCAGCCUGGGGCAGGAGACAGAAGAGGAGCCUCGUGUCAGAGUUGCUUAAGCCCAGGGCUGUCGAUCGACUGCUGAUGAUUCAGUGGAGCUCGUGUAUCCAUUAUCUCUGUAUUGUACAUAGAGAAAGGUAUUUACCAGGUGCAGUUACACUGCUGAGCUGCAAGGUAGCAAAUAAGGAAAGCUGAUAAAAAUACAAAUGGGUCGUUCCAAGGCAUUCAUUGCAAGGAGAUGCCAGUCCCUCGUUUAUGAUAGGAGCAGCAUGUUUGCAACGCAACCUGCUGCACAUGAAUCAGUGUCACACUACCUGUGAAAGAUAUUCAAUACAUACACUGAAAUUGCAAAAAGAAAUUCAUAGAAGGUUGCUUCUGCAUCCACUGAGUGAUACUAUGCCUAGGCCACACUAGUCGUGGAAAAGACACCUUUUUGCAGCAAAUACACUGUUUGUUUCUCCCUAAGACUUGCUUGUACAAGAUAGACUGGGUUGCUCGUGGUAGCAGCGCCCUGACAUGUUUGUGCUAGCACCUUGGAUUUGGUGAGGGAAAGACCAUGAAAUCAUCCCUGCUGUCUGGUUGCCCUUUCUAGGUAAUCUGUUCCAUGAAUCCAGAGGAGGGACAACUUACAAUAUCUGUCUCUAUUCUAGGAAUAGGUAUAAGGUGAGCAUUUUAGCCUUUCUAUAUUUGCAAAAGUCAAGUAUUCAAGCAUUGACCUCUCUAUGAUCCGUGGCAGAUUUCCUAGCAGCUGAGGUUCUGCGUCGGGUGACAGGGAGUUAGCUUCUCUGUAGUGAUGGCUUAACACAGACUUCUUUUUCAAUUUUAAUCUGUUUUAAAAAAGGAAAAAAAAUCAAACAAAAAGUGUUUUCUAGUUUCCUAUCUAUUGUACCUCUCCUUAGUAAGGCGACACAUCACACGGAUCAGGGCACUUAUUUUAGCUGCUCAGUGCAUCGAGGGCGCCUUCUGCUGUUCCACUUUGCUUAGUCUCCUUGUGGUUCAUUAUUCUAACAACAGCUAUUUAGAAAUGUGUCAGGUUUUCACCAAAACCCUUCCAAUUGUAAAAAUCAGGAAGAUUAAGUGAGGAAUCCCUGAGCAGAAAGACUGGACCAUCUGCUGGUAUUGCUGCAGCAGCACAAAGGCAGUGAUAUCCACAGGGUGCAGGCAAUUAUCAUAUUUCAUUAAGUAGAAAACUAGCAGAAGAAUUGAAGAGUUUUCUUAACAUUCAUGGGGACAUGUGAAAAUAGUAAGAGUGUGCUCCAUGGCUGUGCUUCUGCUCCAGGAGCCAUCUAAGGAUGCAGAGAAAUCGUAGUCACCACCACAAAAAAGCAUCUCUGCCUGUGUAUUUGCUCUUCUGAGGGCAAAUAAAAGGAGAUUGUUAUUUCAGCAUCUAUCAUCUAUUUCUUUAAUUUAAAAUUAAGGAAGAAGAAAUGCUCUUAUGCCUAAGAAAUAGGAGAGGGAUUCAGGAGAGCCUGGUUUUAUUCACUGGUCUGCCACAUCUCUGCAUGAUCCUAGGGCAUCGUUUACCCUCUGUGUGGCUGUUUCCCAGUCUGUAUAUAUGGGAAUAAUGAUCUUUUACCUACCUCACAGGGGUGCUAUGGGACCAAGUUAUUUUUAAAUGCUUCAGGAUCUUCAGAAGGAGGAAGUUUAAGAAAUGCACAAUAGUGGUGUAGAAGUGCAUAUACAUUGUAUUCAAAAAUGGAUUUUACAGCAGGACUGAGGAAUAUUUUGCUUGGGGGCAUAGAAGAUGAAUUUGAAUCGUUACUCUGCUGAAGAAAUCUGUCUCCAGCAAAAAUGUAGGGCGUCAUGUUUGAGAAAUACAACUUACCUGUUUUUAUUUAAAAGAGGGGAAAGGGAAAAAAAAUCAAUCUGUGCUCUUGAGAUUAGAAAGGCCACGAGUUCAACCACGCAGGAUGAAUUUCUGCUGAGGCGACAUUCAUCUUUUCGAGCCCUGUUCUGCUGGAAUAUAGAAAGGACUCCCCUGAAGAAGGCUGGAGUUAGUGUGUGUGCAUAAAGUGGCAAAUGCCAGAACGCUAUUGAGCAGCAGAAGUAUGUUCUAUCUUACUCUUCUUGUGGAGGAGGAGGAGAGGCAAUUUCUGUCCCACUGUGCUUAGGCUGUCUGCCACAAUCCUGCUGCAGCUGAGGGAAGGGUUUGCAGCAUGGCCAAACUGUGCCCAAAAUUAGCCCAAAAGCUUUGCUCAGGGUAGCUUGGUUUUAAAGUCCUAACAAAUGUAAGAUUUCUCCCCCACCCCACUCCCCACCUUCUGUUUAUUUAAUCUUUUUAGCACUUAACUUCCCAAGCUUUUUCUCUUACACUGUUAAGGAUUUUUUAACAAAGUAAUUCCCACAGAGGAGCAGAGUUCGUAUUCUGGAGAUAGUGAGAAAAGUCUGAAUUCAAACCUCUAAGGAAGAUUACCUGAUACUUCAGGAUAAGGUCUGUGGCUGGAAGUCCAGGUGGGAAGCACAUAGUCAGGCGAAGCUGUCAUGCACAGGGACCAGCAAGCAUCAUCGGGUCAAGCGCUGGGCUUCAACUUGAGGUGAGUUUCCUACAUUAUCCAGGUGCAGAGGCUCUGAUCACAACCACCACAGCUCCCUCAGCUACCUGAGGGGGGCACACUGGCAGGCACCUGUCAUCUCAGUCUUUUUUGCUACCUUUCAUACCAAUUAAAUACCUUUCUCUGAACGUUAGUCCCCUGUUGGUCUGAGAACCUUGAGGAUCGCGUGUGUGUGUUUGUUUCAUGUUUACAAUUCCUUCCUUUUGCAUACUUCUUUUGGUUCAUUUCCUUGUUAGUAUUUAUUUUUAAGCCAAAUGUUUGUAGUCCUUUGCCUCCCCCUCCUCAUUUUUUUGACACUAACUUGUAGAUGUUUGUUAGAGUUUUCUCAGAAACAGCUGGGCAGGAGCCCAGGCCACUGGGCUGGGAGUUUCUACUUACAAGGGUUUGUGAUCCAGGAGUGGCUGAGAGGUGCCGUCUGAAGCGAUCUUGUCAGGCUCUUUUAAAAGGCUCUGUUGUCCUGGAAUGAGUUAUGAAUGUUUGGCUAUGUUUGGAUGCGUGCUCUGUGCCCAGCCACCAUCCCCUGUGCUGCUCACACGGGAGGAGUUGGAUGUGCAAAGUGGGGCUGCUUCACUGUCUGUGUCUCGCGUUAAACAAGGCGGAUACUUGGAUUAGCAGCCCUGUGCUAGCGCUGGAUGGACCUCGAAGGAGAUCAGUAGUAUAGCUUUACAAGUAAUUGUGUUGACUCAAAAGCUGAGGUCUAGGAAAAGAAAACCUUCCUUCUACCUGCUCGUUUUCUGCAGACCUCAGUAUGCACCAGCAAACGUUCAGCUAUCUAACUGGCAGCUACUCUCCGUGUUGUGUAGGACAUCUCUAGCUCUGUGUAGCUCCUUGCCUGAACAAACUGCGACUCUUGUUUUACUGCUGGCUCUGAGCAGCCCUUAGCAAGACUGAUGUAAUUUUCUGCUACUGGAUAAAAACCUUCACUGGGAGACAGACUUUGUCUUUCUUUGUUCCAGCUGUAACAUUUCAAAACACACAACGAUAGACCAAGCAAUGGAAAAUUUUGCACCACUGUGUCAUAAGAAGAAGUUUCAAUGUAUAGUGUAGAGAUUGCUAACUUGUGCUAUUAACAUUUUGACAAGCGUGUAGUAUCACUUCCUUUCCUUUUUCUUUCGUUGUUUUGUUUAAAAACAAACCAACCAACCAUUGAGUUACUCCUCAGCUAGCUACAAAUACAAAUUUUACCCCAUGGGUAGGAUUUUAUUGUUAAAUGCCGUAACGAAGCACACUAAUCUUGGCACUGCAGAUGGAAAGACAAACCAAAACCAAGCAAGCAAAAGCCCAACCCCAAAUCCUGCCUUGAAAAGCUGAACAAACCUUUCUCCAUUUUGAUAGUUGCAUGCACCUAUAUGGACUGGCUGUGGCAAUGUAAUGCCUGUAUCAUGUUUUCAAAUAAAAAAUAAAUGCUUUAUGAAA